AUGGAUUGUGAUAGAUCCGAUGCACCGUCGGAGAACAACGAUCCGGCAGAUGCCUGCAUUUGUGUUGCCUGUGAGAAGUCAAACGGUCCCAACGAUUUUGUGGCUUGUGACAAAUGCGACAAGUGGUGGCACUUUCCUUGUGCAGGUGUUGAUGCUAGUGUAGCCAAUCAAGACUGGAUCUGCCCCCAAUGUUUACCAGCACGAGUGGCAGCUUCGGUACGUUCGACUGCGUCGAGUCGGAAGGCAGAUUUGCAACGCAAACGCCUGGCCGAGCAACAGCAGCUGGAGCAGAAACAAUUGGAGCUUGAAAAGAGACAGCUGGCGCUGCAAAAGAAGCACUCUGAAGAGAAAUACGACCUGGAGGAAUCCCUAGCAGAAGAAGCUGACAACCGUAGCGUAAGGGACCGCGUGAUCAUGCUUGAAGCUCGAGAACACGAAAACCAGGUCCAAGAUUGGGUUGACAAACAUUCGUCCGGGAAGCAGAAAUCCACCGUACAAUCUGAAACGACUAGGCUCCACCCUACUGCAACGGUUGCCGGCAAUCCGUCCAGACAAGAUGAAAGCGAAGGUCUACUAGAUGUAGCCACUAACGCCGGAGCGCUACAAAAUUCUGCAAUCCAGCAGAUCUUAGGAAAUCGGAUUUUAGCACAGAAUCAGCCAAUUACGGCGGAAGCACUGCUUCUACUAGAGAAUGAAUUGCGGAAAUGCAGGUUGCAGUUGGAGCAGACAACAUCGAGUGGAAAGAUCGAACGUCCCGACUAUUCCAGAGGAGCGAUUCCCAAAGCAGUUCCAGAGGUGCGGAUUGACGUCAUGGCUAAAAGGCAAAACCAACCUAUCCCAAUAAAAAGGCGAAAUGAAACGACACUGGACGCUGAUCCGGGCCAUCCUCAGGAUCCACAACCUCACAUCCGCUGCACACCAAAACCGGCGGAGCCUCACACGCCUCGUAAGAAUCCAAAUAUUCCUAGUCAUAGCACGAGUGUUCCACAAUGCCCCUCUUCAUCUCGGAGGAUAGAGACUGAGAUGAUGCACGAAAAUCGGUCACAAAUUCCGCCCCCACAAUCAAGUCAGCCAAACGCCCGCUCGAUAUACGAUGAGCAGCUGCGAUUUUCUCUCGCGCGCUCACGCAACGAUGCGGGUGGUGGGUUUUCAUCGGUCAGCAGCAUCCACCAGUACCCUCGAGAUGUCCCGAGGAUCUUAAUCUGA